GAAGAAGGAGAAGAAGAAGAAGACUGCGCGCAUGCACAGUUGAAGCUGCUCCGUGAGACAAAGAAGGACGAAAGCUAACUACUUCCAGAAUCCCGAUUUUAAAGCAAUUUGGUGCGCCAUCCAUUUAUCACAUGUUGGCUGUUAUAAAGUUUCCAAACUGACCAAAGACCAACGAAUGACUUCUGAAGAAGGGUGGAUUUAUCUGUAGCCUAGUUAAACAAUAAUUUGCCCCGUCAGUGUCAUGGUUUGAAUGCUGCCUGAACGUUCCGUGAACGUUAUAGUUCCGUGUGGGCGAUAAUGGGGCAACCCAUUUUCCUUGUUUUUUUUUUUAUAGAAUAAACACAAUGAAGAAGUUUCAACAGAGGGCUUAUAAGCGUAGAUGGGCUGCCACAACAAGGCAUUUGAAGAAGCAAUGCCGACAGUCAACUUUAGAAUUAGAGAGUGAUGAUAGCGAGCAAGAGAAUGACACGACAAUCUUAUCAACUCCAGAAACAGUGACAACCCUUCAGUACAUGGAUGCUGCGGAGACUGCUGCUUCCUGCACUGCCGCGGGUGCUGACAAUGCCACCUACAGUGGCCCUGAUAGUGAUGAGCCUGAUGAAAAUGAUGCUGAUUGGAGACUAAUCGACCAUCAUGUCACCUUGUCAUCUGAUUCAGAAAAUGAGAGUGAUAGUGACUGCUUUGAAGAUCAUUUGAGUUUGUUAGCAACCGAAUAUCAUGUCAAACAUAAUGCAUUGGACAGCCUUUUGAAGCAACUCAAGAAAGUUUUCCAGAUGGCUCCUUCUUUUGUGGUCGUUGAGUUCCUUGGUGAACGUUCAGUCGCUGUUGUCCCAACCAUAUGGACAGAAGAUCAUGGAAAGAAUAGCUUCUGCUAUUGGCCAAGGCCAAAUCCUACCUACUCCAGAAUUCGGAAAGCUGAGAUUCCUGACAAAGAAUUCUGGGAUAGGCUGCCAAUUCGGGUUUUCAGGAAAACAUUGACUGAAGACUUUGACAAGGCCCUUCAAUACGAAAAACAAGCUGAAAUGUUUUCGAGCCCAGAAGAAGUGUCAACCAAGCGGAGCCACAUCACCCCUGAACGUUAUAGAAACGAUGAGGAAGAUGUGUUUGAUGCUGACGGUAUAGUCACUUUUCAAAGACUGUUUACUUACAAUACUCAAACACUACUUAGUGGUGCAUAA